CAGAUGAUUGCACUUCAUUGCGGCAUCUCGUCUGGCACUCAGUCCCUUGAACGAGCCGAGGCAGGAAGCACUGACAUGAAUUCUCUUCUUUCGUUGUUUUUGAUUGUUCUCUGCUGGCGGAUUACACUGACUUCGGUAUCGGCAUUGCUGUUUCCAGCUGCUUCAACACUGCAACUGACGGUCUUAGUGUCUGCCCCUGUUGAAAAUCCGUUUAGAAAAAUAUACUGGGACUGGGGAAUCCAGAUCAAUUACGAUAUGCCUUUUAGCCCGAAAAAUUUUAUUAACGUUCCAAUAUGGCCCAACAAAUGGGAAGACGAGUUUGAGGGGGAAAUUAGAAGACGUAGAGAGUUGCUGGGAGAUCACGAGGCUCAAGGCAAUCUCACCUGGUGGCAAAUAGCAGAAAGAUAUGGUGGGAACGAUUUGCACAAACAUCCAAGUGACUUUACUGCCGGCGAGUUGUACUACGCCCUGGAGAAUCUGCUGAUAAGUCAUGGCUUCCAUGAGACAUGUUUACUGCAAAGUGUUUGUGAAUUGGCUAGGCAUCCGUUCGAUAACGCUCACAGAAAUCUGCUAACCGAGAUAGUGACAUUCGUUUUGUCGCCAUCGCUGCAUGACGCCUUCUCCGAGACUGAGGCUCUGUACCGGGAAGCCUAUGAGAUAGCAGAGCGAAAUGGAUUUCUGCAGUAUAGUUGCGCCGAACUGUAUAGCGAAUGCCGCGAAGACAUUCUGACCGCCUUAACCAGCCUUAUUGAAACAAGCCAUUCGAAUGGCUGGAAUAGUUGAAAAUAAAUGAGAUUGAAAUCGCAAAGUUGAAGUUGUUAUUGCUUU